GAGUCUGAUGGAUUGCAGAGAACUUGAGAGUCUUCCAAGCAGCAUUUCUCACAUGAAAUCUCUUAAAUACCUUUAUGUUUCUGGAUGCUCAAAGCUUGAGAAGUUUCCAGAAAUUUCAGAGAGAACUUGAGAGUCUUCCAAGCAGCAUUUCUCACAUGAAAUCUCUUAAAUACCUUGAUGUUUCUGGAUGCUCAAAGCUUGAGAAGUUUCCAAAAAUUUCAGAGGUUAUGAAGAAUCUAUCUGAGCUUUAUUUGGAUGGCACUGCAAUUAAGGAGCUGCCUGCUUCUAUUUUAAAUCUCACCAGUCUUGUUACUUUGAAGCUGAAUGAUUGCAGAGAACUUGAGAGUCUUCCAAGCAGCAUUUCUCACAUGAAAUCUCUUAAAUACCUUGAUGUUUCUGGAUGCUCAAAGCUUAAGAGGUUUCCAGAAAUUUCAGAGGUUAUUAAUAAUCUAUCUGAGUUUUAUUUGGAUGGCACUGCAAUUAAGGAGCUGCCUGCUUCUAUUUUAAAUCUCACCAGAGCAGGAAUCUGGGGUUUUCUUCAAUAUAAAAUAUUUUGAGGAUGAGGUGCAUAAUGGCAAUUGGGAUGAAGUUGAGAAGUACCUCCCCGGGUUCACUAAAAUGGA